AUGUCUUCCCUCGCUCUUCCGUCAUCUCAAGUCUCCCGGUGGAACCUCCUGCCUUGGAACAGAAGCAAAUCGGCUUCAGUCUCCUCCGCCGCCGGCGGUCCCCCCUUUCUGUCGCCCCGUCUCUCGUGGAUCGUCCUCUCGGCGUCCCUCCAACAACCCCUGGCGCCCAUAAUGUUCGUCUACACGCCUACUAUUCUUUCGCCGCCUCGUCCAUGGAUGGGUCCGGCCCUACUUGGUCUGGCCCUUGCUGGCAUUGCCCCGAGCCAGGGCCCUGCAGGUUUUGUCUGGCUGCGAGACCAUGCCCGAGUUGGUCAGCGGCCCACCAAGCCACACUUACACUGCUGGUUAUACCAGCCCAACUUGCUUCUCGUGCUUGCCUAUCAGUACGAAGAAAUGAUCCUCGGUCUUCUGUUGCCACCCGAGAACAUGGUCGCCCUUCUGCUCCUGUUCAGCGACCUCACUUUCGUUAUUGGCUGUUCCACCUACAUCCGGGAUUCCCCAUAG